GUGAUGGGGACCAUGCAGUUGGGGUCCUGUAGCCAGUAUGGGGACGGGAUGACACGAGAGUGACGGCACCCUGAGGUCAUUACAACUUCUAUAUACUUCCUUUGUCACGGCUGCUUGUCACUGACUCCUCUCAGACGGCUCAGACAUUUCGUGGUGACAUCACAGACAGUCACGCCACAACAGGGAUGAGGAAGGGCCUGGGCACUUCAACGACUCAUGAGGAACCCCUAUGACUUCUGAGACAGGGAGAUCUGAAGUCCAGCAGGCUGCACUGCAGGCAAAAGCAGUUGAGGAAAGCAGAGCAGCAGAUGCAACAAGAAAGCAACCCAGAAAACGUCAAGGCACCACAUGUACAUCAUCCAUAGACACACCUGCUGUCCAGUCAAAGAAGCAAAAGACUCAUCUGAACAAAGAAAACCAAGAAGAGAAACAACAAAAACAACAGGAGAUAGAGCGGAAGAAGGAGGAUAACCUGAGGAAAAAUGCUGCCCAUUUGCACGCCAUAUCAACAUUUAGAGAGCAGUUGCAGCCAAAUACCGACAACACCCUGUAUCAAUCACACGCCAGGCAACAGAUCAGCCAUCUAGAGUCGUCACCCAAUCAACAGGUGAGCUACCAGAAUGCGAUGUGGCCAAACGUAGGGAACUUGAUGCCUCUAGAGUCAACAUACAAUGAGACCCAGAUGACUCCAUCGUUGCACAGACAGUUGCCGUAUCCAUUUGAUCAGGAAGUUGCACGAAGGACACUGCAUUUACCACCACGGACAGUGCCAUCUGUGAGCAGUGAGUCAUGGGCCAGUCACUACUCAUCACCAAGCUUUGGGAAAAUGAGGAUGCACCAAACCCGGGACUAGUUGCCCCAGAGUUAGCGAAGAUGCAUCAUAUGGUAGAGUUGCUGCCAUCUUCUUAUGUCCUAAACACAUCACAGUGUGUCAGAAAAAGACAUUGAGCACAGGGAUCGCCAGAUACCUUAUGGCAGUGUUCUGGAGUACAGAAGACCUGAUAAAGGCGGGAAAUAUCACUGGCGUAAAUGGGAAGCCUGGCUUGGACCCACAAAUUAUCAACACUAUAGAGACAUAUUUCCUUCUGAACCGCCAAAAUAGUGCAACCCUUAGUGAAAUCAGAUGUACAGAUCUUGAACAUCAUAACCUGGAAGCAAUUUGGGUGCAAAUUGAUACACCAACUCUUAAUAUAUUACUGUGCAAUAUAUAUCGUCCACCAAAUGCACCCACCAGUUUUUGGGCUAACUUUGAAUGGACAAUUGAAAAAUCACUUGAAAUCAGCGAUAAUAUCAUAAUUGUAGGUGAUCUCAAUUGUGACCUCACCGCUGCAACAUUAUCAAAUCCUCUUGUAACCAUAUGUGAAUCAUUCAGCUUGUUAAAUCUAAUUACAGAUCCAACUAGAGUCACUCAAGCAACAUCUACCCUUAUUGAUCCCAUCUUGGUUAGUUCUGCCUUUUCUACAUGUGAA